CCGCCAAGAUCAAGAGCAGGUGUGGGUGGCGACUGGCGGGUUGACACAUGUGAAGGCCGCCCGGUGGUUGCAUUGGUGAGUCAGUGACAGGUGUGCAGGCGUGGGCGCGGCGUGGGCGUGGUGAGGCAGCAUGGCCGCCACUCUGCCCGUGGAGAGUGACGCCUCUUGUCAACAGGGCGGCAGGAAGGCCAGGAAGCAAUGGAGUGUACAGACUGGAGGUCCCAAGGGUCUUCUGAGGAGGAUGCGCAGUCAGCUGGCAGAGGAUGGGUGCCCAGAAUCGCAGCUGGUAAUGGGACGUACUCUGUUGGACCAACUGAGCCAGGAGGGAGGUGAUGGGGAAGAUGGGAGUGCAUGGGAGGAGGAGGCACGCUUGGCUGUGUUCUGGCUCACCCGCGCCUCCCACCAGGGCAGCGCUGAAGCCACACAGCUGCUGCAACACUGCCUCAACACUAACACUGGUAUCUGUGAGCAUAAUUAUCAUGAAGUGCGGGAAUGCCUGGCUAUGGAACUGCAGGAGAAGCUGGCGAGAAGGGCAGGGCGGCUUCUCUUUGCCAGCAUUAGUGACGGCAACGAGAUGGUGAGCAGCAGCAGUUUGGCGCGGAAGGUGCAGGAGGUGCUGGCAGGAGAGGUGGCCCCCCCCUGCAGCGACAUGAAGGGCCAGCAGGACAGCCAGACAUCCACAGCACCCCCUGAGACCCCCAACACAGCCAACCUGGAGGAACUGUAUGGAGGAGAGCGACUUUCCGAGGACCACUUAGUCUCUGCAGCCGUCUUUCACCACCAGGGCUGUAUACCACCUCUGCAUCACCUCCUGUCCCUGCCUCUCACCCCCACACACCCCCAUACACGCACCACACUCCACUCCCUCGUCCACAGGCCUCUCAAACUCCUGCAAGAUCUCUAUAACGCGUGUUUGCAGUUUCUCGCAGUCAGUUUACCCCAGUUUGCAAGGAGGUAUGGUGUGUUUGUGAGUGUGUUUAGCUUGGUGGUGUUGUCAGUGCUGUUUUACGUGUUUGGUUCGCGUCUGUCGGUGUUUAGCGGUGUGUUGCCAGUUCUGGUGUUCUGUGUGGGGUUUGUGGUGAUGGUGGCGUCGUCGUCAGCCAUUCUACUGAACGGAAAACGACUGUCAUGUCAUCGGAUGUGGUCGAGGGUUUUCGUUCACUUUUGCAGCGAGUUGGACGUUGCUGUGGCCGAGAGGAGGUUCAGGGCUCAGUGCUGGAGGCCGUAUGCUCUGCUGUGUGUGUCUGUCCUUGUGUUUGUCAGUGCCAUGCCUCUCAUCCCACACACGCUGUUUGUCGCGUUCCUGCCAGUCUUGUUUGUGUUUGGCUUCCUCAUUUUUUUCUUGGCUGUCGACCGUGUUGAGUUAUGGCACCUCGUCUCUCUGGCCCUGUACCUCCUGGCUCUUAAUCCGGGUGUGGUAGAUGUUGCAGGUGUGGAAGGUGUGGUGGCUGGUACUCUGAAGUCAGUGGGUGUAAAUGAAUGGGUGUUUGGAAGUUCAUUUCAGGUGUGGGGUGGUGUAAACCUAAAUUUUGGCGUUGGUACAAUCCUACACCUGCUGUGGUUCAUGUUACAGGUGUGUGUGGGUGUUGUAAGGGGCCCCACACACCUGCCGUCGCACCUUGCAGGGCUGGCAUGGGCACACCUGGCUGUCGUGGGGUGCAGCAAGGUCACAGCACCACAGGAGUUGAUGUGUCCGGUCGCUGUGUGGCUGGUGCUGACUCUGGUGGCUGCUGCUGCGUCUGUCACUGUGCUGUGCGUUCCGUUGGUACUGUGUGCUGUGGUGUUUAAAAUCGGCGCGACGCAGGAGAUGUUAGCUGUGACGUUCCUGCUGUGUGGCUGUGUGGCGUUCCUGUGUCAGCGUUUGUGGCCAAGAUUAACCUCAGUCAUGUUUAGAGUCACAAUAGUCUGUGCUGUUAUACUGUUGCUACUUAGGCCCAAUGCUGCGUUCUCACCUGCACCCCCACAGCACUCAACACUGCAGUGGGAUGUGUACAAGAACGUGUGUGCUGCGAAAACGAUGCAGGCCGAGAACGUGCAUGGGUGUGCGCCCCUCAUCGGCACAGCUGUCAGGUGGCGAGGGUCCAUCACGCAGGUAACAGUGACAACCAUCAGGAAUAUACCUUUAAAAAUCCUCUCAUUUCUUCCUGCUUUUCUUGAGGGUCCUGUUAGGUGUUACCUCGGCCGCAGACUCCCAGAAUGCAACAGCAAGGAUGCCACUACACAGAACAGGUGCCUGGCUAUCCGUUCUGCCCUGGGGGGGUCGGCGUGCUCCCUGGACGAGUGGAAUGAGUUUAUGUUCGCUGUUAAACUCGGAAUGCAAGAGUCGUAUUGGAAGUUUGGCGUUGACGCGGAGGUCAGCCUGCACGCCGACCACACCUUUACGAAUUUCAUGAUGGGGUUACGAGAGGGCGACGUAGUGGAGUUCACCGGCACUAUGACAGCUGGCGUCGGCACGGAUCACCUCUCCCUCUCUCUCUCGGCAAUCAAAUGCGUCACGUGUAAACUCAAGGCGAAUCCUGUGGACGUUGUGGCAUCUCCGGCAGUCUCUCCCACAUUGCCUCUCUCUCUCACUCUACGGGAGGCUGCGAGGGGGGUCUUUAAUUUCAUACUGGCCCCGACGCUUACCCUGUGAAGUGGUCGGGUGUUUUGGGGGUGUGGGGUGUUGAAAUGGUGUUGUUUGUGGUGUGUUUUGGUUGUGUGUGCGUGUGUGUGUGUGUGUAGAUCAUUGUAUGUAUGUAUGGUAGAGUACAAAACACACACACACACACACACACACACACAUACACACUCACACACAAAGCAUAAAUUAAAAUAAAGUCUCUUACACACAAAACACUCAAAAAAAAAAAUUAUACCAAACUUACAAAAACUCUCUCUCUCUCUCUCUCUCUUAACUAACUCAAGGUGUGGCUGUGCAUUGACUCAUGAAUAAAGCUUUAACUCUCUCUCUCUCUCUCUCUCUCUCUCUCUCUCUCUCUCUCUCUCUCUCUCUCUCUCUCUCUCUCUCUCUCUCUCUCAGAAAUAGGUGAUUAUUAUUUUGGAGAGGUGGGGCGAGUGACCUGACAAAAUAUUCCAAAUUAAAAAAGAUUAUCUAUUUUUAUAACAAAUUUAAAGAUCGUUGUGGCAAUAAUGUUUGUUGUGCUUUGCCUAAUAUGGUGUUGCAGUGUUGUGGUAGUGGUGGUGGUGGUGGUUGUGUUCUGGUACCACUGCUGCUGCUUGUUCUUCGCUUGUGUUCGCUUGUGUUGCUCUAAGAGGCCACUAGUCAAUUGUAAUAAAAUGAUGCUGUGAAUA